AUGAUGAUCAACUACGUGCGGUGUCGUCUUACGCAGGUGAACAUCAUCAACGAUGCGCUCGUGGAGUAUUUCUCUGGUAACUUGAGCGACACAGAAAGUAGCCUCGCACAUGAGACGUUGGAAAAGAUGCGCCUCCGCGCUCGCAUACGAUCCUUUGCCUGGGCUCCUCCGCUUCCAAGUCUGGAACCUUCUGCUAUCAUCGGCACGCAAACUACGUGGGGCCAGCCCAUCGUUGCUGUCGCCAACGAUGACAAUCAUAUCGCUUUCGUUGCUACUGAUUCACCUACUACUACUCUGGGCGCCGAGGACGAGUGGUCUGGGGAAGUAUUGAAUCACUUCUCGAUCACGCCUGACUCCGAGAAUGUAUUUGCGGAACCUGACACCUUCGACGAGAUUAUGCAACAGCAGCGACAUAUCUCCCAAAUAGCGUGGAGCCCAUGGACGGUUCAGGGUGACUGGUAUCACUCUGUUCUGGUGUACGCCACGAAUGAAGAUGUGCGCGCCAGGGUCGUUACUUACAGUGGCGAGACUAUUGGAAUCGGGAACGAUGAGCUCAUCUAUCCUGACAUUAAGCUUCGAUAUGCCGGUCCGAUGAAGUGGUCAUCCAAAGUCGAGGAUGGCAAAAACGUCACGCUAGCUCUCUUCACACUCUCAAUUCUGGUUGUGUUGAAGAUAUCGGCUAGCGACGCGACGAUCCUAGCUCGAACAGAGCACGAUCUAGACGGCCGCUGGGACGAGAUGAGCGCAGCAGCUUGGGACCAUACAGCGGCUGAUACAAGCAUCCACUUUAGCUCACUGCAAGCGAAACGCAACCAUACAUCCCAACUCAAACACUCGAACGACUCCCUCAAUGCCAUUCCAUCCCACCCUCACUGGCGCGAACAGCUCUGGGAUGCCCAAGCCCUCUUCAGCGCUCAACAUGAACUUCAGGGCUACGUCCGCACAAAAGUCUGGGGCUUGUCCGCGUCUCCGCUAGGUGACUUCAUUGCAGCGUGCAGCACCAUUCAUCCGACGGACAUGAUAGAAUAUGGUCCGCCAAAUGAACGGCGCGCUACGAUCGCCAUCUCUGGGCUACGACAUUACGAUAAAGAUACGAAGCUCGAGAUCCCAGUACAGAACUUCAGUGCCGAAGGCUUUGUCUUCACUCUCCGAAAAUGGGUCGAGAGCGCAAGAGACGGCAGCGAGGCAACUCAAAGCAUUAUCGGUGAAGUAACGAACCAGCUGUUCGAUAUCCACUGGAAAUCUUCGGCCGCUCAAAACUUAGACGAAGUCACAUCAUUAUCUUCGAUGGUCGACUUACGAUCAUUAACCAUGCACAUCAAACUUUCCUUCCUCCUCAAACCCCAAAAUAUAAAGGACCGCCUGCACAUUUUGGUCUCCCAAGUCCUCGCACCUUCCCAACCCACGGUCCUCCCACGCACUCUCAUUGCAUAUCGCCUCGCAAACUCCAUUUCCAGUCUCCCGCCUGCACUCACCCGCGCCACACCCUUCUCGUCCGAAAUCGCCGCGCACUACCGCAGUGUUGUCAAUCUCAUCAACGCCGCCAUGGCAGAAGGGGAUGUCGCACCAGCGCCAACAGAGCCUUGCGACACGUGCGACUUCUGCUCCGCCGACAUACCACUGGAGGAUCUAGAGACUGCAACGUGUCAGAACGGGCACGAGUUUUCGAGGUGCGGGCUCAGUUUUCUGGCGAUUCAAAGGCCCAGGAUUUCGAAGGCUUGCGCACUGUGCAAGACCCCGUAUCUUAGCGAUGAGUUUGUGUGGGUGCAGGAGGAGGGAAGGGAGAAGAGCAUCGAACGGGCAGAUAGUGAAGAGGGUAGAACGCAGCCUGUGUCGCUGGCUAGAGCGCUGUUUGCAGCUUGCGAUGUAUGCAUUUAUUGUGGGGGAAAGUUUACGGGGUAA